UUCGUUCGGAGCUCGGUUUUUGUAAAAUCGCCCUUAAAAUGGUAAUUUUUUAACUGUUUUGGACGCUCCAGAUCCAGAUAAAGGUGAUAAGAGUGCACUCAAGUCGUUUCCCAACUCCCACCGUCGGUUCCUUGUGAAAAGUGGGCCAGAAAAGUGUGAAGAACAGUUGGAGUACCGCGGCGCGAAAGAUUCACAAAACCACGAGGCUGAAACGGAAGAACAAGGACUCUAAAUCCUUUUACGACGCCGUGGGAAUCAAUCAAACGACACAGAAUCUACUGCAGAGAGGUCAGAAAUCUGCGUCCAACACCCAGGAAACCGCACCGUCAUCCUCGCUGAACAACAACGAUGGCAAACAUUUUACUGAGUGAAGCGGAGAAAACUUACAUUCUGCACGGAAUACAGAAAAACUACCGCAACGAUGGACGUUCGAAUCGAGACUAUCGACCGAUGGAGCUGGAGCUGGACAUCGUCGUGCACGCGUCCGGAUCCGCCCGUCUCCGGCUUGCCAACACGGACAUUCUGGUCGGGGUGAAGGCGGAAAUCGACACUCCGCACCCGGAUCGACCGAACGAGGGUAAAAUUGAUUUCUUCAUCGAUUGCUCGGCGAACGCGGCACCCGAAUUCGAAGGCCGCGGAGGGGAACGGCUGGCUGAGGAGAUAUCGAACACGCUGGCGAAAGCGUACGAAUCGCAGCGUGGUUUCGAUCUGUCCGCCCUGUGCAUCCUAGCGAACCACCAGUGCUGGAAGCUGUACGUGGACGUGCUGGUGCUGGAAUGUGGUGGCAAUCUGUUUGAUGCCAUUUCGCUCGCCGUGAAGGGAGCCCUUUAUAACACGCGUGUACCGCGGGUUUCCACCGCCAUGCUGGACGGUGGGUCGAUGGAUCUGAUCCUCACCGAUGAUCCGUACGAUUGUGAGCGGCUGAAGGUCGACACGGUUCCGCUGCUGGUGACGGUUUGUAAGAUCGGAGAACAGUGCGUGGUGGAUCCGUCGGCCGAGGAAGAAGAAUGCAGUGCGGUCAGUGUCGUGGUGGGAGUCUCUUGUCGUCCCGAAGGCAAACAGAGCAUCACGACAGUGCGUACAUCGGGCGAGGGUUCGAUUCACAUGGACACGUUACAGAAGUGCUUCGAUCUGGCCGCCAGUGCAGCCUCAUCACUGAACAGUGCACUGACCAGUGCGAUGAAGGAAGAUGAAAAGCGAAAUUCCACAGCCCACGGCAAGCGGAAGAUAUUUGGUUUUUUGAAAUAAAGCAGCAAGCGUGCGUCUUAUUGCAAGGAAC